AUGCGUGCCACCGUCGCUCUCUGCAACUCUUUCCGCACUCCCUUGAUCCGAUUCGUCGGCAAGCGCUCUGUCCCUAAGUCCGUGGAUCACACUCCUCGCGUUCACCCCGCUUCUCCCACCGGUAGCCUGCCUGAUUCCUUUGCUUCUUACCGCGCAAAGGCCCAGCAGCACGGUCCUCUCGGUCGCGCUUCGUUCACUGGCGGUACCAGCGGUGCCUCCCUCGGUCCUAUUUGCCCCAGCUCUGGCGAGUUCUUCGACCGUGCAGAGCUCCCCACUCGCUUCGGUCGCCUGCUCUUGACCGAUGCCGAGAUUGAGGCCAUUGAGACUGGUGGUGCUAGCAUGUAUGCUUAA